GGGUGACCCGAAAUGCCAGGGAAGGCUGCGUUAAGGGUCAGAUGUUUUUUCUUUCCGGCGCUUCGCUCAGGUGUUUCCCUCACCCUUGAGGUUGCACUAAAAGUUCAGGCGUGAUCGGAGUCUGUGGAAAGCACAGCAUAAGUAUGUUCAGUACAUUGGCAGCAGACAGUGAAUUUUUAAAAUCACUUUAUGCUUUGGACUAUUCGGAUCCUGCUAAAGGCUAUUUGCAACAGGAAAAUCUUCAAGCUACCUGCCAUCAGUUUAUUCUGGAAAGCUCAGAUUUGAAAGAAUAUGCAGAGCACUGUACGGAAGAUGGUUUUAUUCCAGCCUGCUUGCUGUCACUGUGUGGAAAGAACUUGACAACUAUUCUUAAUGAAUAUGUAGCCAUGAAAACAAAAGAAACAACAAAUGAAGUUCCAGCAAUGAUGUCAUCUCUGUGGAAAAAAUUAGACUAUACACUUUCUCAGAUCAGGAGCAUGCAGAAUUCAGAUUUCAGAUUUUCUUCUAAUCAGAGGAUACGUACAAGAAGUGGAAUUGUAGAAAUGAAAAGGCAGAGAAUGCUUCAGCAGUCAGCUUCUGCAAACUCAGGACUGUUGUCAGUAGCCCAUCAGGCAGGGCCACAGAAUUCCACUUCUGUUGUACCUCCUCAAGUAAUUCACAGGCCAACAAUAAAUCAAAGCAUGCCACAGACAAGACUGAAUACAUUGUUUGUGAACCAGUCACAAACUCAAGAAAACAAGAUCAACACAGGAGGUCUCAUACACAUUCAAGUUCCAACAUCACAAGAACGAAAGCUUCAUUCAAAUUUGCUUUCUCCAGGAAGGCGAAAAAGUGAAUCUCAGAAGAGGAAAAGUAUUGCAACAUCUGGACCUCCUUCAGCAACUAGAAAUUCUCAAGACUCUGAAGAAGCAGUAAUAGAAAAAGAAACUGAGCCCCUAGAAGAAUUAAUUGAUGGUAACUUCCCACAACUGGUUAUUGAAAAUGCCAGAGAAAAAAUCUUGAGCAACAAAUCUCUUCAGGAGAAGCUCGCUGAAAACAUUAACAAAAUCCUGGGGAGUGAUGGCAGUGUUGCUCAGGCCCCUAAACAAACAGACAGUGGUCCCACAGAACAGGAGACUUCAAUUGAUGAAAUCCUUGGACUUCAGGGUGAAAUUCAUAUGUCAGAAGAGGCUAUCCAGGACAUUCUGGAGCAGACAGAAUCAGAUCCAGCUUUCCAGGCUCUGUUUGACUGGUUUGAUUACGGAAAGAGCAAGGUAAACAAGAACUUACCUGCUGGUGUUUCUGGUCGGAAUGGAGUAGAAAACGAAAUCCUGGUGGGUGAGGAUAGCCUGGAAACAUUUGGAAGUUCUUUAGGAACAGAAGAAACUAACAGAUGUGAUAAUUCUAGAGAACCACUAUCCUGUAAAGGCUUUCAGUUAGGAGAAGCAUCCUGUGCCUUGAAGACCAGCACUAAUGAUGAUGAUAUUGCUAAGAAAAAUCCAGCCAGUGAACAGCUGCAUGGAAACUGUACACCAAGGAAGCAGAGUGAUGUACUUACAGCCAUUACCCCUGAACAUAUUAGGGAGUUUGAAAUUGCUUUUGACUCAGUGUCUGGUUUGACUGAACCUAGCAAGAGACUGAGUUCUGACAGUAAAUGUAAUGAACACUCUGCAGACACUUACAUUACGAAAGAGUCAUCUGCAUUUGUAUCUGAAAGUGAGAGUGCUAUGGAAAUUGAAAAAGGCCCACCAAGUCAUAGUUCUCAAAGUAGUCCUAAUUUAGAAUAUGUUCAUUCUGGUACUCCACAGAUUCCUUUGAUUUCAGUGGCAGAAGAUACUAUAGGUGGUGAAAACAAAACUGAUUCCGGAAGUAAAUGUCCAUUAUCGCCAGAUACAUCACUGUCUGAAAAAAGACUUCCUGGAAGUCCUUCUGAUGGGAGCCCUGGCCACAGUGCACCACUGGGAAAAAACAGCUCAUCCAUUUCUAGCCCAUCAGCAGAUGCAGGAAAAGAACAGACUGUAACCAAUGAUCCAGCUGCUUUGCCUGAUGUUUCACAGGAAAACUCCGGCCACCCCUCUAACCAUGAGGACCAGAGCACACAGGCAAACUGUGCUGCGGGAUCUGCAGUGGACAUCACAGGUCUUGACAAAACGGAGUUGCAGCUUGAAGUUGUUGAUACUUCUAACAAAACUUACUCAAAUGAUCAGCAUACACUUGAUAAGCCUUCUAAGAAAGAUUUUAACCUCCCUUCAGAACUGUCAAACUCAGAGGGUACACAAGGGGAGACACAAGAACCUUCAUCUUCUACAAAAGUGGACACUGAUAAUUUAUAUUUCUCUUCUGGUGAUAAUGCAUGUACAGACAUUUCUGUAGUAUCCACUGAAAACAAUCUUACUACCUCUGAAAUAUGCCACUCUCCUCUCCCUGAAACUGCAUCCUCAACAGAUGAGUCAGGUACUGAGGCCAAAAGUAUAAGCAGUGUAUCUUCUAGUAGUCAACCAGUGGAUGUUGAUCCUUCUAAUAUAAUGUCCCUCAAGAUUAUCAUCAGUGAUGAUCCAUUUAUUGCAUCAGACACGGAGUUAAACAGUGCUGUUUCCAGCAUCACAGGAGAAAAUUUGCCUACUAUAAUAUUGUCAUCUCCAGCCAAAUCCCCAACCAAAACUGCAGGCCUGCCCAAAUGUCUGACUUCAGAAGACACAGAAAAAAAUGUGGAUUCAGCUCUGGCAGAGCAGAAUCUUCUUGUGCUUAGACCUAAGGACCCUGUGGUUACCUCAGUUACCACUCAGAAUGAAGACUGCACUGGUUUUUCAGUUGCAGGUUCAACUCAUCUUUCCAACGAAGGGGGAUUUAUACAGUUGAUGCCAGCCACAAGCACAGCUUUUGGGAAUUCAAGCAACCUUUACAUAGCCACCUGUAUGACUGAUCCAGCAACCUUGGGUGCAGCUGUAACACCAUCAAAUGUAGUUGUAUUGCCUGGCAGUUCUAUGCCACUGGCUUCCCAAGCUCCAUCUGUACAACAGCUGCGGACUCCUCCCAGAUCCAGCAAUACGUUUCCAUCAAACCAGACUGUCUCCCCAAACUUCCCACAGGGUUCUGCCAUUAUAAUUGCAUCUCCAGUGCAGCCAGUUUUGCAAGGAAUGGUGGGAAUGAUACCACUCUCUGUAGUAGGACAGAAUGGAAAUACAUUCUCAGCACCGACCUGCCAGGUUCUUCACAUGCCUGUGGCUAAUCCAGUGUGCAACGGAAGUGUCCCAAAGCUUCCCAUCCCUCCCAAAUCACAGAAGAUUCCUGGAGCAAGAAACAAGACUAAUACAGGAAAACUGGUACCAAAUGUAGCUGAGCCUUUGAACCAUGCAAAUCCUCGAACACAGAGGACUGGAAAUUGGGACAAGCUUACCAGUGCAGAACCAGGAAGGAAAGUGGAAGAGAACUUGCCUGUUGCACCAGCAGAGAGCACAAGCUCAAAUUCAAGACAGAGUGAGAGUCACAGGAGAGUGCUUUGCUUUGAUAACCUCCUACCUACUCCAGGAGGAAACACCCAAAUUCAGGCCACAAAGAGUUCAUCCCAGAAAGAAAGAAUUGAAAACUCUUUAUUUGCUGUCGACUCAGCAUCCUCCUCUGCUAAGGCCCAGGUACCAAAGAGAGACAAAGACAAAACAUUGCCCAGAAUUCUGUGUAGGCCAGAAGUUGGUAGCAACAGAAGUGCAUCUGCAAAGGAGCCACAGCCCGAGCGGAAGGUGGCAACUGCAGGGCUUUCAUUAGAUCCCUUCCACAAGACAACAGCAAACAAAGAAAAUGAGUUACGAAGGGAUACCGAUGAAAAGCAGAAGAACCAGGACACCGCCAAACUCUCAAACGGCCAACAAAGCGUUGCCUCAUGGAAUGAGAAGACAGUUCCUUCAGUACAAGAGCUGAACAAGAAGCAGGGGUCAUUGUCAAAUGGGGCUGGCAAUGGCAAAUCAUCGGUGUCUGUUUCUUUGUCCUCAAAGGAGCCGAAGCGAGAACCUGCUAAAGCUUCCAGCCAAGGCCUUGGCCUGUCCAGCCCGUUCAGCAAACAGUGUGUGGAGAUGCUGCAAGACAUUCAGUGGCAAAGCCCCGCUGGAAAGACAGUUGAAAACGGAGAACUGCCGGUACCCCGGACGCCGUCUGGAGUUGGGGACAGGCACACGGAUGACACUACGGACAGCGUGCGCACCCCGACGUGCCGGCGCUUCAACGAGGACAGCACCACGCCCCGCAUCAUGGUGCCCCCUGCCACGCCAGACCUGCCCGCCUGCAGCCCGGCCAGCGAGACGGGCAGCGAGAACAGCGUCAGCAUGGCUGCACACACCCUCAUGAUCCUGUCGCGGGCGGCCAUCGCAAGGACUAGCACUGCAACCCCCCUCAAGGACAACACCCAGCAGUUCAGGGCUUUGAGGAGCACCGUAAAGAAAAGGAAACUGGAGGACUUAAAUGAGGGGGAGAGAAAUUCUCGUUCUGCAAAUCGAAAAGACCUUCAGAGCUCUCCAACACCAUCAAAAAAAAAGAAAAUCAAGAAAAAGAAGCUUCCAAAUUCCUUCCCAGCAGGAAUGGAUGUGGACAAGUUCUUGUUGUCUUUGCAUUAUGAUGAAUGAACAAAAAGAAGCUGGAAGUGGGGCCAUCUGAAGCUCAGUGGAGUGAUGCUGAGGUUUUGCAUGGGAAGAGAAGUAACUCUAAAGGGCAAGUUGCACUUUCAGUGCACUGAAGUUUCACUUUAUAGCAAAGUCAUGCCGUUUUUGAAGCAGGUAGCAAAGUGUAAAUAUCAUUGAGUUGGUAUAUGUUUAUUUUUUAAAAAGCACUUGCAUAAUUAUAGAGCCAUUUAAAUUGCAAAACUGUAAAUUUGUGUAAAUGAAAUGUAAGAAAGAUUGUACAUUUCCUGUUAGACAACGUUGUCUGUGUUCUGCUGCUUUCUCUACUUACCCCUGCGAAGCGCUCAGCCGGUCUGUGAAAAGGUGGUGUUUGUCACUCACCACUCUAAGAUGAGGCAGCUACCUUGGCCACUUCUCAUUGUUUUGUUGAAUCUGAAAGGGACUUAAGUAUUCAGGUCAAAGUGGCUUGUGCUCACACUCUCUCGUUUCAUAACUGUUAAACCUGUGUGGUAAGGCUUUGAAUGAAAUAACAAAAAUACCAAUAGCUAAACAUAAGUAAAACCUCAAAAAGCAUUUUUCAUCUGGUGAAGCUUUUCCCAGCCAGUCAUUCAGACAAGAAUUUUAAUUUGGACAGGCCUCCUCUGUUUACAGUAUUUGCUACAUAGGAUGUCAUUCGAAUGCAAAAGCUGUUUUCAAGCAAUGUACUUUUGUGUGAGGUCAUGCCUCAGUAUGAAUACUUCAACUGAAGCAACAGCUUAACAAGAAUUAGUGUGUUCUAGUGAAGUCAAUUCCCUCACUUUCAUUUGUACUGCUGAGAAGUUUGUUACUAUCUAACUCUUACAGUUUUAGCCAGAUAUGGAAAAAUUUGCAUCUGAUUUUUCAGUUUAACAUAGAGGUUGUCCUAGCUAUUACACAAACUCCCUCCAAGAGGGGUGCAGGAGGAGCUCAGCCUACAUUUUGCUGAAUGAGCAUGCCUUGCUCCAAAACUGCAGAAUUUUCCCUACUGGUAUUUCUUCCUUUGUUCUCAAAUUGUUAAUGUCUUUAAAAAAUAAUUUGCAAGUUUUCUUGUAAGAGAUCUGUACAGCAACAGGGCAAUGUUUCAGACAGAAUACAAGGAUUCCUAAGGAACCAAGAUUAUGCAGUAGACGUUUAUAUUAAACCCAUCCAAUAACUAAAUACUGCAUAGCAUUUACAGCUUGAAUAAAUAUUUUUGUUUUAAUAAAAAGUUGUGUGUCUUGCUUAAUGUUUUCAAGUUGACUAAGCAGCUUUGCAGAUACUGAAUGGAGAAGUCCUGUUAGUCAGUUGUUUUUGAAGACAGAGUCCAGUAUUAAACACUGAGUUCUAAUAACAAUUGUUAGAGGGACUAGGGCAGGCAAGCACAAAAAUUGUCAUAAGCAUAAAAUGCUUAAUAGUGAUAGUGACAUCUAACAAUAAUUUGCUGUUUGAGACUAAAGGUAACUCUCUUUCCUGGGUCAUUCACUACCCACUAUAAUGUUUCAGCUCAGGCCCUGUGGUUCUAAUGAAGAUGUGAACUAUCCCUUCCCUUUCAUAGGAAAAAGGUAUCUUCAG